AUGCUUUCCGAGAAACCUCUCGGCCCCGAGGCCGACACAUCACUUCCCACGACGGACAAGAGACCAUCUUCGUUCAACACUUCAAUCACCGAUGUUGCCAACAGCAACAACUACGACGAGGGAGAAGAGCACGUCCAUGAUGAAGUGCUGCAGCUCGCCAGGAGGUUGACGACUCAGUCUCAACGCGGCGGCGCUUUACCCUCCCUCUUCCCCCUUCCCCAGGAAGGGCCUCUCGACCCCAACAGCCCGCAGUUCAAUGCAAAGCAAUGGGCUAAGGCCUUCUUCAAAGCCAGGACCGAGUCGCUCGAGGGGAACACACCCAGGACGACAGGAGUCGCCUUCAAGGACCUCAGCGUUUACGGAUUCGGCUCCGACACCGAUUUCCAGAAGACGGUUGGAAACGUCGUGCUGGAGGCUGGCACGAUGGUGAAGAAGCUGUUCCGCAGUAAGCUUCUCCGCGGGAAGCAGCAACGAGUUGACAUUCUACACGAUCUAGAGGGCGUUGUCCACAGCGGGGAGAUGCUCUGCGUCCUAGGCCCCCCCGGAUCCGGCUGCUCGACGUUCCUCAAGACCAUCGCCGGCGACACCCAUGGCUUCCACAUCGAAGAAUCGUCCUGCCUCAAUUACCAAGGCAUACACCCCGACCAGAUCAAAACCGCAUUCCGUGGCGAAGCUAUAUACACCGCAGAGGUUGACCACCACUUUCCGCAACUCUCAGUGGGCGAAACCCUGUCUUUUGCCGCUGCUGCCCGCUGCCCAAAGACUAUCCCUUCUGGAGUCACGCGAAGCGAGUAUAUCGAGCAUCUUCGAGAUGUGACGAUGGCGAUGUUUGGUAUAUCACAUACCAAGAAUACCCGCGUGGGUAAUGAUUUUAUUCGAGGUGUGAGCGGCGGCGAGAGGAAAAGAGUCACGAUCGCCGAGGCAUCCCUCAGCUACUCCCCUUUGCAAUGCUGGGACAAUAGCACACGUGGCCUCGACAGCGCAAACGCGGUAGAAUUCUGCCGAACCUUGAGGACCCAGGCUGACGUUAUGGGUUGCACCUCGUGUGUCGCCAUCUAUCAGGCUCCUCAGGAUGCCUAUGACGUCUUUGAAAAGGUUCUGGUCCUCUACAAGGGCCGGCAAAUCUUCUUUGGCAAAGCAGACAGGGCAAAGGGGUAUUUCGAGGAGCUCGGGUUUGUCUGUUCAGACCAACAAACCACAGCUGACUUCCUGACGUCCAUGACGAGUCCCUCGGAACGUAUCGUCCGCCCAGGCUGGGAGGACAAGACUCCCCGAAGCCCCGAGGAGUUCUCCCAGGCCUGGAAACAGAGCCGAGACCGCGCCCUGCUGCUAGAGGAGAUCGAAGACUAUGUCGAACGACACCCCUUCCACGGCGAACACUACGACAAGUUCCUCGAAUCGAGACGUAUGGACCAGUCAUCCGCUCAACGCGCAAAAUCUCCAUUCACCUUAUCCUAUCUCCAACAGAUAAGGCUGACCAUGCGGCGGAGCUUUGUCCUGCUCAGGACUGACCCUAGCCUGCUCAUCACCAUGCUGGUCACCAACUUCCUGCAGGCCAUCAUUGUCAGCAGUAUUUUCUACAACCUGCCUGACACGACCGACUCCUUCCAGCAGCGCGGCGUUCUACUAUUCUUCCUCAUCCUCAUGAACGCCUUCGCUAGUAUCCUAGAGAUCAUCAACCUCUAUGCUAAACGCAAGAUCAUUGAGAAGCAUGCCCGAUACGCCUUAUAUCACCCAAGCGCCGAAGCUUUAUCUUCAAUCGUCGUGGAUUUGCCCUACAAGGUCGUCAAUUGCAUAUUCACGAAUAUCGCCCUGUACUUCAUGGGGAAUCUACGCCGCGAACCAGGAGCCUUCUUCUUCUUCUUAUUGCUCAUCUUCACGACCACCCUGACCAUGUCUAUGCUCUUCCGGCUGAUUGGUUCCGUCACCAAAUCCAUUGAUCAGGCCAUGGCGCCGUCUGCGAUCAUCCUGCUCGGCUUGAUCCUAUAUACCGGUUUUACCAUCCCCAUUCAGUAUAUGCGAAGCUGGAUUAGCUGGAGUCGUUGGGCCAACCCACUCUUCUACGGCCUCGAGUCCAUCAUGCUCAACGAGUUUACGGGCAGAGACUUCCCGUGCUCUGCCUAUAUCCCCUUUGGCCCAGCGUACGACGACGUGUCGUCAGGGGGCAGAGCAUGUUCCGCGCAGGGGUCUAUUCCUGGGCAGGACACGGUGAGCGGCACUGCUUUCGUCAAGAUUGCCUACGGAUAUGAUACCGCCCAUAAAUGGCGCAACUUCGGUGUCAUGAUCGCCUUCAUGAUCCUCUACAUGGUACUUCACCUCAUCGCCGCUGAGUAUGUUGCAUCUGAGCGGUCCAAAGGAGAGGUGCUCGUUUAUGUCCGCAAAGCCAUGAAGCACCUCAAGAAGCCAGUUGAAGACAUCGAAAGCGGCCAGGUGACUUCCUCGCACCAGCAGACGCAUGAUGGGUUUACCUCAGGGACCGAGGUUGAGAAACAAACUUCUGUGUUUCAUUGGAAGGAUAUUUGCUAUGACAUCAAGAUCAAGGGGGAACCUCGACGGAUUCUUGAUCGGGUUGACGGUUGGGUCAAGCCGGGCACCCUCACAGCGCUAAUGGGUUCUUCCGGAGCUGGAAAGACUACGCUUCUCGACGUGCUCGCCAGCCGUGUGACGAUGGGUAUUGUCACAGGCGAUAUGCUUGUCAAUGGCAAGCUCCGGGACGAGUCCUUUCAGCGGAAAACCGGCUACGUUCAGCAACAAGACCUCCAUCUACAUACCUCGACUGUUCGCGAGGCCCUGGCCUUUAGUGCCUUGCUCCGACAACCAUCGCACUACAGUCGGCAAGAGAAGCUCGAUUAUGUGGACGUAGUCAUUGGGCUGCUUAGCAUGGAGGAAUAUGCCGAUGCUGUCAUUGGUGUACCCGGCGAAGGCCUCAAUGUCGAGCAGCGUAAGCGACUUACGAUUGGUGUUGAGCUCGCUGCUCGCCCUCAGCUCCUUCUCUUCUUUGAUGAGCCUACCUCGGGCUUAGACAGUCAGACAUCAUGGUCUAUCUGUAACCUGAUGGAGAAACUAACAAAAAGCGGUCAAGCUAUCCUCUGCACUAUCCAUCAGCCUUCUGCUAUGCUCUUUCAGAGGUUUGAUCGGCUUCUCCUUUUAUCCAAGGGACAAACCAUUUAUUUCGGAGAUAUCGGCAAGGACGCAAACAUACUCGUCGACUAUUUCACGCGUAACGGAGCUCACGACCUUCCCGACAGAUCAAACCCAGCCGAGUACAUGCUUGAAGUCAUUGGCGCAGCCCCCGGCGCGACAACCGAGAUCGAUUGGCCCACGGUUUGGCGGAGCAGUCCCGAGUAUCAGUUGGUCCAGGAGGAGCUUGGAAGGCUUGCGUCUUCAGCAACGUCUGGGCAACCGCGUGAGGAUGCUUCCAUGUUCAAGGAGUUUGCGGCGUCUGCCGUGGAGCAGCACACCCAGGUCACGAAGCGCGUCUUUCAACAGUAUUGGAGAAGCCCCACAUACAUCUACUCGAAACUGCUUCUGGCACUGGGCUCGUCACUAUUCAUUGGCCUCUCCUUCUUGGAUGGAGACAACACGCAACGCGGGCUGCUCAACCAGAUGUUUGGCGUAUUCAUUUUCCUCAGCGUUUUCCCGCAGCUGGUCAAUCAGAUCAUGCCUGUCUUUGCUGCCCAGCGUACAAUGUACGAGGCCCGCGAGCGCCCCUCCAAGGCGUACUCUUGGAAGGCAUUCAUGUCUGCAAACAUUGUCGUUGAGCUCACCUGGAACUCGCUCAUGUCGGUUUUCUGCUAUGUCUGCUGGUACUAUCCUAUUGGCCUGUACAAGAACGCCGAGUGGACCGAUUCCGUGCACUCACGAGGCAUCACCAUGUUCCUGCACCUCUGGAUCUUUUUCAUGUUUUCCAGCACGUUUGCAAACAUGAUGAUUGCUGGAAUUCCAACCCCUGACAUGGCCGGAGGUGCCAUGAAUCUAUUGCUGAUCAUGAUGUUUACAUUCUGCGGUGUUCUUGCGGGGCCCGAUGCCCUUCCCGGUUUCUGGAUUUUCAUGUACCGCAUCAAUCCCUUCACUUACAUCAUCGAGAGCUUCCUGGGCACCUCUCUAGGCAACGCUCCUAUGUACUGCGAGUCCAACGAGUUUGUGCACUUCACAGCUCCAGACGGUACGACAUGCGGAGAGUACGCUUCUGACUUUUUGGCCCAAGCGGGAGGCUAUCUCGCCGACUCAAACACGACCGACUGCCAGUACUGUGCCAUGUCUGAGACCAACACAUUCUUGGCCAGCGUCAACGUCAGCUUUGGACAUAGGUGGAGGGACUUUGGGUUCAUGUGGGUGUAUUGCAUCUUUAAUAUCGCCAUGGCAUUUGUUUUUUACUGGUUGGCAAGGGUUCCGAAGAACAAGAAGGCAAAGAAAGAGCUGGUCCUCCGCCGCCUCGCUGUCUUGGCAAGUCCGUACGCCGGAAAGAGUAUCGGACUUUCGAAAUCUCCGUCAGUCCGCAUCUCCGGCCUCAUCCUCGCGAGCCAGGGAGCGUGCACAUGGCAUGCCAACACAGAGCAGCCAUUGGCUAACCCUCGUUACCCAGACGCCCACUUUGCCAAGCCCCUGAAUUUCCAGUACCGACCGUACAACUGCCGUGCCGGGCUUCUCGGACUCCGGUCUAUCUCCUUUGCCCUACCUACCUCAAAAAAUGUCAAAAUUCUCUGGAUCGGAUUUGGCAGUUCAUUCAUCAUCCGUCUUGUCAUCCCUGAUGCCCAGUAUCAGCAAGCGCCCACGCUAUCCCCGGAACUUCGAUAUUCGUGUCCCCCUGUAUGGAUCCCGCUGCGCAAUCAAGUCAGAGCCACAAUGAGCUGGCGUGCCUUGGUUGCAAGGCUCGAAAGGCCCCAGCCGAUAGAUCGUGACUUAACGACCAUCCUUGAGAGGAUUCAACAGGUCGAAGAAAAAUGCUCGCAGCUAGCGGCUGCCGGUAUAUCACCACAAGUAGCCACUGACAGAGAAUCCAUCGGCCUCGCUUGUGAGGGCUUGAGAAGGUACCAUGGCCCUUUUCCAGCGUCGUCUGGGCAGUCUCCCAGCGUGAAAUCCACGGUCUCUUCGGCACCAUCGAGAACCGAAGCCGAUGCUAUUGGAGAAGCGUCGGAAGCCAGCUGGACAAAUUGUCUAAAUAUACCCACCAGUCCAAGUGCGCUCCUGAAACAAGUUCUUGACAACGUUUUAAGUGUCAAGCGGCAGGGCUUAGGCGACAAGAUUGCACAUCUAGACGACCACGUUCGGCCAGAACUUGCCAGAGCCUGCGUCCAUAACUUUUGUGAGCACUACCAGAUCGACACAUUCCCGGGCUUCAUCAACACCAAGCUCAUGUACCUAAUGCCGGACAUCGUCGACAUGCCCGAGAUCAGCGUCGACCCAGCAUCCCUUGUUCUCUAUUACUGCGUGCUCUAUCACGGCUCUUUAAUGAUUUCUGAUGAAACAAGACGGCAAGAAGGGACCUUGGAACAAAAAAUAUACAUUUGCUGCCUCCGUGCCAUACCGGCUUGGGAGGGGCAAGCUGUGAAGACCAAGACGGAUCUAAUCGCUGCCAUUCUUCUCACGCGAGCCGCAUUACAACAGUGUGACUUUGAGUUUAGUUGGAGAAUGUACAAGCUUGUGUGCCAGUGCGUGCAAACCCUCAACAUGCACAAGAUUGACCAGAGCUUUCCUGGUAUUUUGAUGAGCCCAGAGCUUCUUUCAGACGGCGCAGACCAUCACAGAAAGGGCCUUUGGGGGUUGGUGCUCGUGGAGCUCUUCUUUCGGCUCCUGCACGACAAGCCUGCCACAAUGACGGCCAACUUGACUGAAUGGCGCGUCAAUCUUCCCUGGCUGAAUUCAGACCCUGGCCUGACGGAGCACGUGGUACCUACAUUGACAUUCCUUGUCAAGUCGCGGUUGACUUUCCUUCUCCUCCGGUUCUUUGACAUAUUCAGCGAGGAUACCCAAGAUAAGAACAGUGUGGUCAACAGCGUUGAGGGACUCUGUGGAGAGAUUGAAGAUUUGUUCGAAGAAUGGUCCCUGAGAGAUUCUCUCACAAAACACGAGGAUAACAGCGCCUACUGGUGGAUGCUAUACGACCUAAUGAUUACAGGAUACUCCUCCGUGAUGGUUAUGAUAUACAAAAUUGCAACCCUCAAGUCCGAUAGAUCUGGAACACUCUGCACAGCCGACGACGUACCUGUCACCCCUUUAUCGGUCAAUACCGCCCGCCGCAUAUUGGACCUCGCACGAUUAAGUCUGGGGAGGUACCCGAGCCCAGCAACCGCAUCCUAUGAGUUUGGUGCAUUCCGUUGCUACGUCGCCUACGGCUGCAUGGUCAAUCAUCUCUCAAGCAGCGACCCCACGGAGCUUGAUUCCACCGCAGCGAAGGAUAUGAAGCUGCUGGAGCAGGUUGCCCACAGCAUGAGCCUUAUAGCAGAGACAGACCAGGACCUUUUACCGUUGGCUCGCACGCUCCAUGAUCUGAAUGAAGGUGUUCAAGCGAGUUGGGAAGAAAAAACUGUGGAAAACGAUGGGAUGGCUGGUGAAGAGGGUAGCCAAGAUUAG